GUACCUUCCCUGCCCCUGCUGCUGCUCGCUGCCCAGGCUGGCUGCCGGGGCUCGGGAUGACGCCACCUCUCGCUCCGCCCCGGCGCAAACUCGCUCUUUGCGUUCAUUUCAUUCCUCUUCUCAUUCCGAGCAUUCUUCGCAUCUCUGUCAGUGCGCGAAGCGAUUCACCUACACCUUCCUGGCUGGCCCAGAAACACUAGAAUAACUUGACAUAGUGUGAAAAAUACCCCGUAACAUCCCAUUACCAAAAGAAAGGGACAUUUUUAUAUGAGAUAUCAAUAACGAGUUGGCUCAGCCGUGAGUUGUUGGGAGAUUUCACCGGAGCAUUUUCGGACCACCUCGAAGAAAACACGGUGGAGAGACUUGUUGCUUCGACACGUUUGACGGUGCUUGAAGAAAAAAAAUCGCCAUCGAAGUUUCGUGUCUCUCCGUAGUUUGCUCCAGGCUUAAGCUUGGAGAGCCCAACCGCCACGAUUGAUCCCAGCAGCUGGAGCGGCAGCGAGAGCCCUGCCGAGGACAUGGAGAGGAUGAGCGACUCGGCAGACAAGCCUGUAGACAAUGAUGCCGAGGGAGUGUGGAGCCCUGAUAUUGAACAGAGCUUCCAGGAGGCCCUGGCCAUCUAUCCUCCUUGUGGACGUAGGAAGAUCAUCCUCUCUGAUGAGGGAAAGAUGUAUGGUCGUAAUGAGCUCAUAGCCAGAUAUAUCAAGCUCCGGACCGGGAAGACGAGGACUCGGAAGCAGGUGUCUAGUCACAUACAGGUCUUAGCAAGAAAGAAAGUUCGAGAAAUCCAAGCAGCCAUUAAGGUACGUCUGGCUUUGCCCAGUUGCAGGGGGCUUUUCAUUGCCAUGGUUACAGGCUCUUCCUUUGUUUUCCUCCCCUCCCCUACCCCGCAGGUGUCUAGUCACAUUCAGGUUCUUGCCAGAAGGAAAUCUCGUGAGUUUCAUUCCAAGCUAAAGGUUACAAGUAUGGACCAAGCAGUGAAGGACAAAGCCCUCCAGAGCAUGGCCUCCAUGUCCUCAGCUCAGAUCGUCUCAGCCACGGCUAUUCACAACAAGCUCGGACUGCCAGGCAUCCCGCGCCCAGCCUUCCCUGGGGCAGGGUUGUGGCAGGGUAUGAUAUCAACGGGCCAGCCAGGAUCCUCACAAGACAUUAAGCCUUUUACCCAGCAAGCCUAUCCCAUCCAGCCAGCAGUCACGACAGCCAUUUCAAGUUAUGAGCCCACAGCAGCUCCAGCUCCUACAGCACCAGCAUGGCAGGGCCGCUCCAUCGGUACAUCCAAACUCCGACUGGUGGAGUUCUCCGCCUUUCUAGAGCAGCAGAGAGACCCUGACUCUUACAACAAGCACCUAUUUGUACAUAUCGGACAGACAAAUCAUUCCUACAGUGACGCCCUGCUGGAGUCGGUGGACAUUCGUCAGAUUUAUGACAAAUUCCCAGAAAAGAAAGGAGGACUGAAGGAGCUGUAUGGAAAAGGUCCCCAGAAUUCCUUCUUCCUUAUAAAAUUCUGGGCUGACUUAAACUGCAACAUUCAAGAUGAUAGUGGAUCUUUCUACGGAGUCACUAGUCAGUACGAGAGCUCAGAGAACAUGACCAUCACAUGCUCAACAAAGGUCUGCUCCUUCGGCAAGCAGGUGGUCGAGAAAGUUGAGACUGAAUAUGCACGGUUUGAGAACGGACGCUUUGUCUACCGGAUAAGCCGGUCUCCCAUGUGUGAAUACAUGAUCAACUUCAUCCAUAAGCUAAAACAUCUGCCAGAGAAAUAUAUGAUGAACAGUGUGUUGGAGAACUUCACUAUCUUAUUGGUGGUGACGAAUAGGGACACCCAGGAGACACUGCUAUGUAUGGCGUGCGUGUUUGAAGUUUCAAACAGUGAGCACGGUGCCCAGCAUCACAUCUACAGACUGGUAAAGGAAUGAGAGGCGAGCCCCCCCCCCUCCUUUUCAUAGACUUACCAACCUCAAAACAAGUGGCAGUGCCUCAACCCGAAAGCCACAUCUACAAUUCUUUUUGGUCAUGGUGUCAGGUGAAGUCAGUUGUUAUAAAUUUGUUUUAAUAUAAAGUGUUUGUUAUUUGACUGCAGCUGUGAAUUGCGGUACAGUUGUUUUAUGUUUAAAUAUGGGAAUCUCGUUUAAAAUAUGUUGAGUUGGUCUCCGUUUGGGUAUAAAUAUGUUCGUUUUUAAAGGAUUGACUAGGUUAAUUUAAUUUGGUAAAUGGAAAUAAUGUGUGUCGUCUCUUUCUGCUUUGUUAUGUGGACUAAGAUAUAAAAAAAAAAAAGGAUGCUGGCCUUUUUUUAUCAGCGGCCUGAUGUCGUCUGUGUAAUUAUGUUCGAGUGUGUUUUGUAUGUCUGUAGUUCAUAAUUUUGUGAGCAUACAUAUUGUCGAUAUACGGACAUGCACCCACAGCCAAUAGAUUUUCCAAAGAAACUAAACUAACACUACAAAGACAGUUGGAAGAAAGUGGUCAUGAAUAUUGCAAAAUUACUGCUAUUACUUUUAAAAUAACUCUGCUGCCAGUAGUAUAUUUAUCCCUGUUGAAGCACUCCAAGUCUUAGACACUAACAGAAUGAAUGCACUGUGAAAAUACGGCAAACAUUUUGCAUCUGCUCCAUUAAUGUAGGAAGUCUUAUCACCUGCUAAGCAUUUCUGUGCUGCAAGCAACUCUUUGUGACAACUGAGAGGAGAAUAAUUAGGUUUAAGACAGGUGAGACUACUCCUUAAAAUGACUCCGACUUACAUCUUGUCCAAGAACACUUUGUUCCCCUUGCUGAACUUGCCUUAGUGAUGCUUGCUGUUUUUUAUCUGUUAGAUCUGCGGUAUUAGAACAAGUUCAGAUAAUCAUAACACUAGAAAUCACUUGUAGACAGCAGGCCUUGUUCAGUAUGCUGUGGCCCCAAAUCUCCAAGCCAGAGUGUUGCUGCCUUCACACCAUGUUCACAUGUUUCUGUGGCCUACACUGAUUCUCAGCCUUAAACAUGUUAUAGCUGUGUGAACUCCAAAAGAUGCCACUAAAACUGUGAUCUCUACACAGGAAGACUCUUUGCUCACAUUGUGUAAGAAAUUCACAAUAUUAUCUGCCAAAGUGUAGAUGUACAGUGCCUUAGCAUAUAUUCUGAAAUUACUGGUUGCUUUGUUUUAAGUCAAAAAUCAGUUUCAUGGAUGAAUCAGGCAAAAAUAACUCACCAGUUUUACACUUGGUACAUAAUCACAUCUGAGAAAUCAUAGUUCUUAUACGUGCUACACUCCUAGAAAUGCGAUUUUGUUCUUUUUGAUGUUAAGUGGCAGUACACUUGUGUUAAUUUAACAGUUACAAUACAGGUUAUAUUCUUACCUAACGCUGUAAUAUAUUCCUAGAAGAUCAGCCUUUUUCAAAGAGUGUACUUUAAAUACAGACUGACUGCCUUUCCUGUUAUAGAAGACCAAAAAUAGAGAUACAGUCAAUCUUUGUCGUGUCCUGCAUGGUAGCAAGGAAGUGCCUUUGGUUUAAAAUUUUCAGCUUCAAAAAGAUCAAACAGAAAUUAAAAAUUAAAUGUUGCUAGACCAAAAAUGAGACAUAAGUGAAACCAAUCACCACAUUGCCUUUUUAAAGGAUUGUAUCGACAGCAGAGGAAAGCUGGUUACUGGUAAAAUAAAUAAACGAUAUAUUCAUUUUUAUUUCCAUUGUAAAUUGAUUUCACAAAUUAUGUAUAAGAAGAAGAAAAAUAUUUCUUUGCUUGAGGUCAAAAUUGAAGAUCUGCUGACAAUGUACAGCCACUGACUGCAUGCAGGAUGUCAACUCACAGAGAAACACUGCGGCUGUCUUCUAUAGAAAAAAAAAACAAACACUUGCAGGUUCAAGUGUUCUUCAAAAAGUUGUUGGGUUUUUUUUGUUUAUUUUUUCAAAACAUUACGGUUUUCUCUUUCCCGCGACUGCACGCUCGCACGAUGUGAAAACAACAGAAAACAUUAAACUGUGUGACCGCUGUUGAUGCAGACACGGCUGUGACGCCAACGAGGCAGGGACCGACACAAGCUUUUAUCGUUAUCCCUCAGAAGAAAAAGUGACAAUAAUUCUGACAUUACAAACCGUUUUAACGUGGUUAAAUCUGAAAUUGUUUUCAAAACCUGUUUCAGAAACAGACUUUUCACAACCGCUGAUGUGGACGAGGCCGUCGAGGUUAAUACUUUUCACCGUAAGGACCAUAGCUACUCAAACAUUUACUGUUUCCUACCAAAAGAAAAAAAAGAGAAAAAAAAAAGAAAAAAAUUAUAAUCAUCUAAAGUAUUUUAACCGAAGAAGCUCUAAAUAAUUGCAGACAGUGUCUCUGGUGGAUACAGAUAAAGUCCAAUCAUUCAGUAUUUUGCCACAGUCCUGUGGACGCAGUGGAGUUUUAAUAGGCUUUUUUCUUAUGUUUACCCUGUGUAUCUGGUCACAUUUAUCGAUUACUUAGAUGUUCCUGUUUACUUAUUGUACUUGUAUACAGUUGUACUUGGUUUUGUGAUGACAUCGUCUGUAUGUUGCAAGCCCAAUAAGAUGGUAAUGAUGUUGCUGCUGCACUGCUGGUACAUUGCGACAUGUCGUUUCAACACUAAAAACAGCAGGACUGAUCUUUGAUGGCACGAAUGUCUAGUGGACCAUUUGAAGAGAAAAUGGACAUGUUUUUAAGAAAAAAAAAAAUCAGCUAAGUUGAGGAAUCCUGCGACAAACAUAUCAGCAGUUUAGCUCUUGUUAUUUGUAAUUCUGUCGAAGAGUAGGUACUGGUACCUUUAUCUUUUCUGACCAUUUUCAGAUGGUGGCUUUAAGUGAUUUUCCACAUAGCUCACAUAGUUAUCAUACACACAUUUUGGGUUUUGUGUGCAGACUUGUUUUUGUAAAAAGGUGCUUUGUACAAAAUUAUAUCUUGGCUUUUCUUGGUACAGAUGUGUGAUAUCUUUUCGUAUCCAUGGCAGUAAAAAAGUGUUGGAGCAAAGGAGAGAAAAGAAGCUCUGUUGUGUUUCUGUGUUCUGCAUAUGGUCUUGUCUUUGCUCCGUAACAUUAUGAUGCCUUCUUGAUAACAGUAGAUAUUUUGUAGCUUUCUAGAUACUUUGUAUGUAUGCAAUAUUGAAGUUAAAUAAAUCUGAAAAAUAUUA